CUGGAACAACAAGCAAAAAGCGAUCCGCGUUCUGAAAACCGGUGGCGUUUUAUCGGUUAAGUGCGAUGCUUUUGGCCAAGUGCGUCCUUUUCUUGGUCCUGCAGGUAUUAUCCUGCCACGGCGAGUUCUUCAGUUCCACCUCGGGCCUGGCAAAGCUGUUCGAAACGGAGGUCGUCCUCCUGGCAGAGCUGCAAAAUUAUGUGAAUGAAAUUAACCAGCACGCUGAGGCGCUACAGAGUGAGAUCGAUGCCAUCCGCGUGGAGCACCUGAAUGCCGCCGAUGGAAUCGAUGACUACCUCAACAAUCCGGUGAACGCGUUCCGGCUGAUAAAACGCCUUCACAGCGAUUGGGAAACCUUCGAGGGCAGUGUUACGGCGGAUUCGAGUCGCUCAAACUAUCUAGAUACCAUGGCGAGUCUUAAGGAGAAUCUGAGCUUUCCUUCUCAGGACGAUUUUGUGGGAUCGGCGAUAGCUCUUACGCGACUUCAGCAGACUUAUCAAUUGGAUGUGGCUGAGCUGGCCAGUGGAAUCCUGAAUGGCGUUAAAUAUGGUACGGCCAUGUCGUGGCAGGAUUGUUUUGUCCUUGGCCAGCACCUGUAUGCCCUGCGAGAUUACAACCACACGGUGCCAUGGCUGCAGCAGUCGAUGCAGUUGCUCGGAGAACAGUCCUACGGGUCGGAGUCCGCAUCCCUAGACUUUAUGGAGGCAGUGGUGGAAUAUCAUCGCGAGAUGGGUGCCCACGAAAGUGCCCUGAGUCUGGUGAACCAUGUGCUUUCCAUAGAACCGGACCAAAGGAGUCACCUUCUGGAGGCUCGUCAGCAACUGGAGGAGCUAAUCACGGAUGGGGACAAGAACGGGUUGCUUCACUUGACAGCACGAAGACCUGGAGACUACCAUGAGUCCCGGGAGUUUCGUAUGUACGAGCAGGUGUGUCGAGGCGAGUUGGCACCACUUCCAUCCAAGCAAAGAAAUCUUAGGUGUCGCUUAAGGAAGAGUCGCUUGGGCUACGCACCAUUUAAGUUGGAGGAGCUCCACCUGGACCCACUGGUGGUGCAAUUGCAUCAGGUUAUUGGCUCCAAAGACUCGGACUCCCUUCAGAAAACAGCUAGGCCUAGGAUAAAAAGAUCCACUGUGUACUCUUUGGGUGGAAAUGGAGGUUCCACGGCAGCCGCCUUCCGCACCAGUCAAGGUGCCUCCUUCAAUUACUCUAGGAACGCAGCAACGAAACUUCUUAGCCGACAUGUAGGUGACUUCUCAGGUUUGAAUAUGGAUUAUGCAGAGGAUCUGCAGGUGGCAAACUAUGGGAUCGGUGGACACUAUGAGCCGCAUUGGGACAGCUUUCCCGAAAACCACAUUUACCAAGAAGGAGAUCUACAUGGCAACCGAAUGGCAACGGGCAUUUACUACCUAGCUGAUGUAGAGGCCGGUGGAGGAACCGCCUUUCCCUUUUUGCCACUGCUGGUGACUCCAGAAAGAGGAAGCCUUCUCUUUUGGUACAAUCUGCAUCCCUCUGGAGACCAGGAUUUUCGAACGAAACACGCCGCUUGUCCUGUUCUUCAGGGCAGCAAAUGGAUUGCCAAUGUAUGGAUUCGUGAACGCAAUCAGGAUAAUGUAAGGCCCUGUGAUCUCGAAAGGGGACAGGAAAUCUCACUGCAUUACAGGGACUUCGACUAGAAAAUUCACUCAACGCCAAUUAAAAUAAGAUAUUAAUUUAUUAAAUGUUUAUUAUAUUAAAUUACACCUAAUCUCGAUAGGCUAGCGACUUGUAGCUAUCUGAGGUGAGGUUGCAGGGACGACGGAACUCCUGGUAUCCCGAGUGCAUCCAGAUGUUGCCAACUGUAAUAUGAACAUGAAGUGAUAAAUACAGUUUUUAGAUACUUAUG